AUGCUGCCGGCGCGCCUCCGCCCGGGGCGGCUGCUGUCCGCCGCCCCGUUCCGCCCGCCCGCGCGGGGAGCCGCGGCCGCCGGGGAUCCCGUCAGGAGCCCGGGCACCAGCCGCGCUGAGCAGGCUCACAGGGUGGUUGCAAGUUGCAAACCUUCGAAGUUUGACAAAAAAAUCCUCCUCUGGACUGGACGUUUCAAGACAGAAGAAGAGAUUCCUCUGAGGAUCCCGCCAGAGAUGCUAGACAAGGCAAGAAACAAAGCUCGAGUGAAAGCCUGUUACAUCAUGAUUGGGCUCUCAAUUAUUGCCUGCUUUGCGGUGAUUGCUUCAGCUAAGAAGGCUGCCGCACGUCAUGAGUCCUUGACGAGCCUGAACUUGGCAAAGAAGGCCAAGUGGCGGAAGGAGGCUGCGCUGGCUGCGGAGGCGAAGACCAAGUAACUUUGUCUGAAAUGCUGAAUGUCCUUGGAAGAGCAAAAUUAACUGCUGCUGAGAGCAAUUAGUGAGUUUCACCCCUAAAUGGACAACUGUAGUAUGCACACCCUAGAGCCAGCAUCAGCUCCAGCAUCACAAAAAGAAAGGGAACGGCUCUUUCAUUAGGAUGAUAUUCAGGAUGCUUGUUGCAUAUAAUUAAAACUAUUUAGAAUGUUUUGCAUAUGAUUAAAAGCAGUAAUUAGUUUUGAAGGGGAUGAGGUAGUUUCUUAAGAAUGUCAGGUACCUUUGGUUAGAUAACCACAAAAUAUUUACAUCCAAGA